AUGCCACCACCAGACCGGUGCCCAUGGCGUAAUGUCCACUUCUAUAACGCGUCCAACAAACAACUCCUAGGAGGAUUCUAUCAAGCCGGUUCCCUAACGGAAGCAAAUCUGCUCUGGAUUCUGGGAAAUGUGCUCCUUCCCAACCCUUUCACAAUAAGGCACAGAGCAUCCGGUCGAGAUAUCACGCCGUCGAACAAUUCCGUUACGCUUGGCGAUUACGACAUUUUCAGUGACGAUGGAGCUAUUACGGUAACGAACGAAGAAUGGGUUCCUCGUGUGCGUAGUCAUUCUCCGUCGGAUCGAGAAGACUCCUUUCGAGACGGGAUCCGUCAGAGAGACGGGAAAUGCGUUAUUUCUGGCAAUGUCAAUGAGCUAGCGCAGUGGGAUUGGUGGGCUGGAUUCGAAACUGCACAUGUGGUCGCUCCGGACAAGGAGAAUCUGUGGAUCGAGGGAGAAUCGAAGAUCAACUCCCCCAAAACGGAUUGCUUAUGGAGGCGGCUCUACACAUUCUUUUUUAUCAGUAUUUCUUCUCUAUUAACCCAGAUCAUAGGACGGGUACAAAAUCAUCACAUCGAUGGGAGAGUCCUUGAUCCGGUUUGUCGGAGGCCAAAUAAUCCGAAUCAUGUCGCGGAUGACUUUCUGAGAUGGCACUUUCGGCAAAGCGUGCUUGCUAAUGUGCGAGGGGCUGGGGAGCCAACUUUCGAGACGGAUUUUCCACCUGGGACGGACAAGAUGGCGACGUUGCGAGAUGAACCGUACGGUAAGGAGAGAUUUGAGAUGGAGCUCGAGCGUAGGCUUGGAUCUAUGGCCAGGGAAGAAGAGUAG